UAUAAUACCCCUAUGUUUAUCGUUUCUCUUCUUCGUAUUUGCAGGAAAGAAGAAACCUAAUCCCUCUGUGUCGACGGCUUCCUUAUGGUUCUGAUUAUAGCAUUUCGUUGUAGAUAUAUUGGUCCCAAAUUUUGAUUGCAAGGUUGUAUUUUAUCUCCUUGCUCUGAUUUAUUCAAUUGGUGUAUCACGGUGAUGAUCUGUUUAGAUGCUGUGAUUUGGGCCCCUCGUCUUCAAUCCGAUGCUAACUUUGCGUGAACGAAAUUACGCACUGAAUAUGCAUAGCCUCUGGUGGUGUAUCUUUGGUGUGAUGUUGUUCUGUUGUCCAUCAUCUGAUCUUGGCCCUUUAUUUGAGGUGUGAAAAUCCAAGCCUCAGUAGCUAAGCAUGUAGGAUCAGAUGUUGAUAUUGAAGUUGGUUUUGUUUACAAGUUUUCACAUUUUAGGGUGAUUCCAAAUGAUCGUCCACUUCGUUUUAACAACACUAGAUUCAGGCUUUGCUUUGAUGUGGAAACUACUAUUUUCUUAUUUGGGGAUCCUUCCAUUCCUCGUGAGGCAUGGUCGUUUUAUGACACAGCAGAAAUAGAAAGAUGCAGGGGAACCUUCUCACAUUUGAUAGAUUUUAUUGGGUUGCUGUUGGCUGUUUCCCCUGUCAGGCGUAUGGUUCAGUAUGGAAGGAUUAGGAAAAUGAUGAUUAUUGAGUUGAUAGAUCCAGCUGGUAGGAUUCGCUGUGUACUGCUUGGGGAGAUGGUUGACUUACUCAUGCUACAACUGUCCUCAAAUUGGGUCAAUAGGCCAAUUCUAACCUUGCAGUAUUUUCAGGCUAAAUAUAUUAGAGACAGAGUGAUCAUUCAAAAUGUGAAUCAUUUUUCAAAGCUAUAUAUCAAUUCUGGCUUUGAAGCUGUUUCUGCAUUUACUCGAAGGCUGUUUGCUGAAGGUAUCAAGAUUGAAGAACCUGUUGGGUUUUUAUCUUGUCCUGGUCCCCAAAGUAAUAUCAGGGAUGAUAUGUUGUCUCUUCACCCAAGGAAAACACUGUCUCAACUGGUUGUAUCCAAUAAGGAUUCUGUGGUUAUUACCCAUGCUCGUAAUGUAUCUGCUUUUAGAGAUCAACCUUGGACAUAUCCCUCAUGCUUAUGUCAUGAGGAAUUGAUUGUGCGUGGUGGUGUGUAUGAGUGUGUUAGGUGUGAACGAUUUUUCUACAAGAUGCUGAGAAGGUAUCGGCUUAAAGUAGAGGUGUUCGAUGGUUCAAAAAAUGCUGUUUUUUUCCUUAAUGAUUCUCAAGUGAAGGAGUUGAUCAGUUUGUCUCCAGAUGAUCUGUUGUAUCCUCUGGAUUCUAUUGCUGAUGUUGACUUUCCACUGGAGGUUCAGGAAAAAGUUAUUGGCAAAGAAAUUUUGUUUAAAGUUUCUAAGAUUCCUGGGAUUAAAUUAAGGGGGUAUCCUUGCUUUGAGGUUCUUCGUAUGUGUGCUGAUCCUGAAAUCACAUCUGCGUUCUUUUUCGAAGUGGCCAGUUCUACAUCUAUGAUGGUGACGGAUGGUGAAGGUGAACAUGCUACAUAUGUUGCUGGAUAUGGAGAAAGAAUCAUUGAUGGUGUUCCAACAAACUUUGUGAAAAGAAAACUUGAAGUCUCUGGGAGUGAUGUUUAUGAAGAUGUAGGUAGCAAGUCAGGAAAGUUUGAAACAUGUGUGGUGCAGAAGCUAGAAAUCAGUAGCCAUGAUUUUGCCAAUGCUGAUGAUGGAAUGUUAGGUGAAAUUAAUCGCUUGAAGGCAAUUCAGCUAACUGAUGGUGGAUCCGAUUGUGAAGGUCAUUUGAUUCCAGUGGAUGGGUUCAAGGUCCGCGAAAAUCAUGAGCCUAAGUUUUAACUUGGUGACUUUUAGAUGUUUAUUACUUCGUGUUGACAUUAGCUUGCUGGGUAUUAUGUGUUAUUAUUAUGGAGGCCCCUUUUUUGUAUAUCUAUGGGUCCAUUGAACUAUGUUGUUUUUAAUUAACUUUCAUGGUAGAUGUCCUAUGUUACAAGUACAUGUAGUGUGCUGAACUUGAUUUAAAUCUGGUAUUUGUAACCUUUUGAGAACUGUGACUUGCAGUAUUGUAGCUUAAGUAACCAUGUUAUCAAUGUAUUUUGUGGUGUUUGUAAUUA